AGUACACAAAGCGCAAGCGUUAGGUGCUGUGCGGAGGGAGUGUGAACGACGGGAAUGUGGAGACACCGGCACGCAGAAAUAUUAUCCGUAUCGUGAGACACGAAACGGUUCGGUAGUCGGCUCAAUUAAAAGCGCAAAUCACACACAAUGGAUGAACUUGAUGACCGUGAUGGAAGUGUUGUGAAGUCUCCGAUCAGAAGACUGGGAUCCACUCGCAAGUUGCUGGUCCUUAACAAUAUUCGAGCCCAGCUGUCAGAACAGCUGCGCUGUCUGGACUGCCGGUUGGAGUCUCAGGUGUCCCUGGUUGAAGAGCUAAAGGACUACUUCAGGCGUCGUGCUGAAGUGGAACUAGAUUACAGCAAGAACCUAGAGAAACUUGCUCGUACCCUGCAGAUGAGACACAAGGAACAGCGCCAAAAACGAGAACAAUGGCCACUCUUCUCUAGCUACUCCUGUUGGCAGCAGCUUAUCACACAGACCAAGAAUCUGAGCAAAGACCAUGCAGUUCUGUCUGACAUAUACUCCACUCACGUUGUGGGCCGUUUCACGCAGGUUGCAGAGGACGUACAACGCAUUUAUCGGAGGUGCCGGGAGAUUGGCUAUGAAACGCAUGAAGAGAUCUUGCGUGUACUUCACGAACUUCACACAACAAUGAAAACUUACCACAGCUAUCAGGCAGAGUGCCGGCAAGCUGAAACAAAACUCAGAGUUGCAGAAGCACAGCGAUUGAAGCUUGAACAAAGUCUGCCGAAGGACAAGCUUGACCGUUCCAAGAAGUACCGCCUGAUUGAAAAAGAAGUACAAAAGCGCAAGAACAAGUACAAUGACGCCAAGCUGAAGGCACUUAAGGCCCGUAAUGAGUACGUGCUAUGCCUUGAAGCAUCUAACACUACUAUUCACAAGUAUUUUGUUGAUGAUCUCUCUGACCUAAUAGACUGCAUGGACUUUGGUUUCCACAACUGCAUUUCUCGAGCACUCUUAAUGCACGUGAGUGCAGAGGAAACAUGUGCACGUUCUCUGCAAGUGGGUCUGGACCAGAUGACAAGCUCUGUUGGUGCUCUCGACUCGCGACUUGAUAAGCAGAGGUUUCUUGAGGCCCAUCACUCAGCCUUCCUCAUCCCAAAGAAGUUUGAGUUCCAGGGUCAGCGAGAUGAGGGUGCUGACAGUGAGCUACAGAAGUCACUCCGUGAUGAACUUGAUGCACGACUGCGACAGUUGCAGAAUCGUGUCACAUCCUUAAGGACUGAAUCUGAAGAAGUGUGGAAGACAUUAGAAACUGCAGAAUCUACUCUGCUGGAGAUGCUGGAUGCCCGCGACUAUGACUGUACCUCAUACUUCAACGAAUCCACUACCAGUGCUGCAGUCGCAACACGACAGCCUGAAGCGCUGUCCCUUAAAUUACGAGCAGAUCGCCACGAGACUGAAGAGUUUUACAUGACGAAAUUCAGAGAGUACCUGAUGAGCACAUCUCGUAUUGCCCGAUUGGACGCAAAGCAGGAGUACCUGAGAGGACUUUUGGAGAAGGAACGUUCAGGAGAUGGCUCUCCGACAUCCUUACGAUCAGGCACAGGGGCUGGUCCCCCUGGUUCAGGGAAUGGAAAGCCGCCACGUCGAAAACGGAUAGGUCGGCCUCAGUUGGGUGGUCAUGGGCAACCAAAGUUAUUUGGAGGGAGCCUGGAAGAGUUUUUGGAAGCCACGGGUCAUGACAUUCCUUUGGUGUUGAAGAGUUGCAUAAGAGUUAUCAACUUGUAUGGUCUUCAUCAUCAGGGAAUAUUUAGAGUGUCUGGUUCCCAAGUGGAGAUAAACAAUUUCAGGGAUGCAUUUGAACGUGGAGAAGACCCGCUGGCUGAUGUUACUGAUGCCUCAGAUAUAAAUUCAGUGGCAGGAGUGCUCAAACUAUACUUGAGAGAGCUUCGUGAACCUCUCUUUCCAAUAAUAUAUUUUGAGCAUUUCAUGGAAUUGGCACAGCUGGAGUCUAAACAUGAGUUUGUUGUGAAAAUGCGAGAACUAGUCCAGAGCCUUCCGAGAUCUGUGGUUAUUGUAAUGAGAUAUUUAUUUGCAUUUCUGAACCAUCUUUCAGAGUUCAGUGAUGAGAACAUGAUGGAUCCAUACAAUUUGGCAAUUUGCUUUGGUCCCACAUUGGUACCUGUGCCAGAAGAAAAGGAACAGUAUCAAGUACAGUACCAGAAUCAAGUUAACGAACUCAUCAAAAACAUAAUACUUUACCAUGAGGAUAUAUUUCCACUUGAUGGAGGGCCUGUAUAUGAGAAAUUUAUUAGUAAAGAACCAGACGAAAAUGAUGUCGGUGACUCUCCAUCUGACCAUAUCCCAGAGGACAUGGAUUCUGAAGUGUAUCCUUCAGAGGAUGAAUCAGAAUGCAUGGAGGCGACUGCACAGUUUGACUUCAUGGCACGCUCAGAUCGUGAACUGAGCUUCAAAAAAGGAGACCACUUGGUGCUGUUUUCACAAGUUUCCAAUGACUGGUGGCGUGGCAGCAUAGAUGGUCGUGAAGGACUAGUGCCUGACAAAUAUAUUCUUCUCAAAAUCAGGGAUGAGGACAGAGAGAAACUGGAAGGCACCGGGCUGCGUUCCAGCUCAUCAGAGGAGUCCGUACGGCGGCGAGCGUCUGCCUCUGGGUCUGAGGGCUCUGUACCGUCAGGCUCAGGGUCGUCACCAUCGCCACUGGCUGCUGUCGCACCGUCAGCGUGGCCGCUUCCUCUUGCGGAUACUCCUCAUCAAGAGAUAGUCAACCAGGUGACUCCAGCAGGAGAAGAACCUCAGGCCUCUGAGGAAGAAAGUACAGAAACGAUGGUCGCUGCUGAUGUGCGAUGCCAGUCACCUCUUCCCAAUGUGAUACAGACUCCAGAAAUGGAGGAAGCUGGUGCCAGUGACAAUGGAGCAACACAAGAGUCCCCAUUAGCAGCAAGCAGCCCAUCAGUUCCUGUUGCUCCCAGCCUCAGCCCACCAGCCGUUGUUAAUUUUUCGCAGAGCCGCGAGAUUUGGCGUCGCAGGGCAGAAGCGGCUUCUGCCUGUUCACUUACACCUAAGCCUACCCAAGCUCCCUCACCUGUCCCAUCACCGUCACCCGUACCGACACUUCGACAGAAACAGACCCCUGAUCUCGUGAUGGACUUGCCUGACAAGUCACCGUCGCCACCCGACGAAAGCAAUCGAAGUACUGGACCAGAAAGUCCAGAUAUGACCACUGCUGCUGAGCGUUUUGCCAAGCAGAACCAGUGUACUCUUAAAAAGAACACAAAGGUCAGUAGUGUGGCUUCUGCAUGUCCUGCAGCUGGUACCCAGCAACAAACGGAUGCACAGACACAGACACAACGUGCACGUCAGGCUGUGUCUCCUGCAACCAAGCCUGCACCACCACCAUCAAAGCCUCAGGUAAAAGUCAAGCCACAAGUCUUGAGAAAGCCAGUUCUGCCAGCAGCACCAGUUCAACCCUCACCAGAACCCAUUCGUAAGGAUAGGCCUACCUCUCAGGAACAACAUGCAGCUGACUGAAGAGGCUGUAGUUACACUCAGUUGAAUUGGUGCUAAAUUGUUUGCACUAAUACAGGAAUUAUAUUAUAGUCAUCCUCAAGAUACAGUAAAGAUGUACCUUCAGAUUUCUUUCCAAAAAAUAAAACUCUUGCUUUGUGAACUUGGAUCCACAGCUGCAGUUAUGGCCAUGUACAGACAAUACUCAACAUAUAUGUACUUUGCAGUGUGUCAUGGUGGCCUUGCCAAUUGGUGGUGCCUGGUACUCCCUCCUUGCUAAAGUAAUGUAGUAGUGACAUUUAUGAUAGUAUAUAUAUACACACAUAUAUAUCCUCCUCUGUUAGUCUGAAUAAAAAUAAAAGGAUUGCAGAGGUUAUUUAACAUUUUGUGGCAGUAAAGAUGUUUGUUACAUCAAGAUAUUUUUUAUCCUUAAUGUGUGUAAUGUUAGCGAUGUGGCUGUGCUAGUAUUGUGCUGAAUUUUUGAUGUAUGGCUCUUCAUAAAGCAAUCCCUUUCAUAAGCUUUUAUAACUUCCUUAUUGCUGUCUAACUAUGAGUUUGUGUUCUCUACCAUUAGCACUUUUCAUCAUUUGCAUCCCUGUCAUAUGUACAAAGGAAAGGAAAGUAACUUUUAACUUUAGUGUUACUAUUUCUUAUUCUUACUAUUCUGUGUAGUAUUAAUCUAAUUCAUAUUUUUUGGCACUCUUACUUUUCUUAUUUUGUUUCUGAUCCUCUUCGUGAUAAUAAGAGAACUUUUACCUUUAAGGUGCCAUAAAUAUCUCUGUCAAAUAUAAAUGUGUCACAUUGUGCUUGGCUGUUGUAACAAAAUUGUAAGCUGUUCGUAUCCACUAUUUGUAAUAGUACAUACAGUACUUCAAAGCAGUUGUUAACAUUAUAUUAUGAAUGAAAAGUAUGUAAUGGAUAUCAUCAGUAGUUCUUCAGUAUGGGCAUAUUGUGAACUGGCAUUGGUGAAAACCUCUCUGAGAAAAUUUGAUCAUUCAUUUGUUAAAAAUUCUUGUAUCAAUAUAUUUUUCAUCUCUCACAGAGCUUCUUGCUAUUCUAGAUUUUACAACAGAAUGUAGCUUUCUUGGUCUUUCUUUUUUUACUAUUUAAUGAAUUUUUUUCCAACAUUUCUGUCCUUGUUGGUGGGCGAAAUUCGAUAUUUGUAUUCUGUAUUGAACAAAAUGUGUCUCAUGCUUGAUGUUGUUUGAUAACUAUCAUUUUGUUAUAUUAGUGUUAUUUUAAAAGACUGAACUUUGUAAGAAAUAUAUUCACAUAACUGUGUACAAUAAUGUAUGUGCUGAUUGUAGCAUAAAUGUAGAUUUUCUAUUGACACUGUUUUGUGUGUGUGUGUGUGUGUGUGUGUGUGUGUGUGUGUGUGUGUGUGUGUGUGUGUGUGUGUCACAUUAGGUAGAAUGACAUAAGCUAUCUACUAUGAACUGACAGAAUGGUACUAUUAAAAUUGUCUGAUUUUACAAUAAGUGUAGAGUUGAUGAUAUGUGAUGUAUUUUUGCAUGUUUAUGAAGUUAGUCACAACUUUGUAGUUCCAUUGAACUGGCUUUUGUUAAAUGAAAUGAUCCAACCUCUAGUUCAGUUUUUAUCAGUAUUAUGUACAAAAAUCGCCUAAGAUCAUGAGGCCUAAGUUGAGCCCCUCUUACCUUACGGAUAACUGCUCAAGGGUAUCACAAUUAAAUAUUUUGCUGUAAAUUUCAGUCAGUGAUAUGAACAUUUGCAUGAUUUUGUUAAAAUACAGACAUUUGGUUCUGGUAACACUAUUCUCCUAUUGUAAAUGUGAUAAUUGCUCUUGUUCUUUACUCGGAGAGAUUAUUCAUGUACUCAGUAAUACUUGAAUAUGAUGUAAAAAAAAUUGAGUCAUUUAUGUAAAUUCUGCUUAUACCCAUUCUUUCAUGUGAUACUUAACAUUUCGUUGUAGAAUAAGUUUUUUCUGUUACUUGUAAAAAGAUGUUACUGCAACCACUGUGGAAGAAGUUUAGUGCUGAUAUAAAAUAUUUCCAUGAUUUGUCUUUUUGCCAAAUUAUGAAUUUUUGUUCCAGAAAACAUCUGAAAACUCCUUAAAACUUUAUUUAGUGAAUGCAAAGACACACCAUAUAUUUUUUUUCUUUCUCUUUCUUUUUUUAUUAUUUAAGAAGUAGUUACCAGAGAUUAAAAAAACAUGUUUAUCCCCAAAAUCUUUCAUUGUUUAAGUUUAAUUGUGAAUGAGUGAAUUGUUAACAAUAUUGUUAUAUGAAUUACUUUGUCACCUAAUUUAUACUCAAAUAUAACUGUACAAUAAUCUGUUUCUAAGUAUGCAAAUCUUUCUCUAUGGACUCAACAGCAAUAUGAGAUUACAUGUGAAAUGAACUAGAUUCUGAAGGGAUUUCACAUUACUUUAAGCUGCUAUUUUUGUGUGUGUAUGGUGCGAUACAUGGUUUCCACUGAAAGAUUUUAUAUGCAGGGAAUUCACACAGUAUGAAACUUGUAUUACAGUUUCUGGGGGAAUAUGUAUACAUCUAAAUAUAUAUGAACAGUUUCUUAUUUCUGUGUUAUUCAACUGCUGUUAGGAACAGAACAUGGUCAAAAAUAUGUAACAUAUUACCAUUUUCUCUUCUACCAUAAAAUGUAUUUGCAUGUUACCACUUAAUAAUACCAAUGAGUCCAAGAGGUAGCUUACUUCAUAGGACUGUGUACUAGGAAAGGAUCUAGGAAGAGUUAGUAUACUAUCAGAUGAUAGUACAAAGCCACUUCUGUUAGGAGUUGCAGGGUCAGUUAUUAAUACUGUUAGCUUGAGGUCAUAGAAGAGAGAGCAAAGUGUUUGGUAUAUAAAUAGAAUUAUAAUGUGGCCAGCAGUAAGGCCAUUAUACAUCUACAGGUGAGAUGUGCCACUAUGAUGGUAACCUAAAUAUCUGCCACUCUGAACCUGAAUCAAUUUUUCUAAUAGAGGAAGAGAGAGAUAAAUAAUAACAAGAACACAGACCCAUCAUAUUAUGGGUAGAGUAGCCUUUGUCACUUAGUGACAGAGUUCACAUUCAAUGGAGACUGCUUGCCAUUUCAUUUAUUAGUUUCCAGCAUAUGUUUUUGAGAGACUUGAAGCAUAGUUUGUUUUGUUGUAGUCAUUAACAAAAGUUCUCAUAGUGUGAAAAGACAGAAAACAGAAGGGAAAACACAUUAUGAGUGUAUUUAGGACCUUAAAGAAGACAUGAAUAUUUUAUGUUACUAUUUUUAAAUUACCAUGAUAAGAAAAAAAUUAAAAGAAUUUCCAAAAUAGCUUUCUGUUCACAGACCAGCCUUAUUAUUGUUUGGUAAUAGUAUGUCUCCCCAGGUUUUUUUCCCUGUCUAGUCUUUUUACAGAUCAUCAUAAAAAUAUUAUUUUGAAAUAAGGUUCUCUGUUUAGCCUUUUCUGCUUACUUCUGAAAGACAAAUAUUUUUUUCAACUGAUAAUUUGCUGGCACCGAUCAGGUUUUUGACAAUGGAUUACUUCAUAUCAUUUCAGAGAUUUUUCUUGCAAAUGUGUUAUUGAAAUCUAAGUGACUCGUUCUGUCUGCUGUACCCUUUUCUGUUUGAUGUAAUGACAUAGGUUUACAGGGAAUUUGGACAACCCAUCUUAAAAGUCUACAUUAUUGUCUGCCGAAGUAUUGCCAACCUAUAUAAAUUCUGUUUACUGAAACAUCGUUUUGCAGUAACCCAACUAAUACAAAGGAUACUGUAAAAGGUGACUAGUGAUUUGAUAUAUUGUUACAUCUGAAAAGAUUUGAGAGACCAUUACCAGCCACAAAUUUUUUUUGUUGACGAGAUAUUGAAGUUGGUCUUUAGUCUUGGCAUUCGCUGUGGCCAUCUAUGUUCAUAUGAAAUGGCCGUCUCCUAGUGGCGUGUUCAGUUACUGCCAUGCCUCCAUAAAACUUGUUAAGUACAGUUUAUCAACUUUCUGAGGAACUUAAAACACAUCAAUACAAUCAACUCUACAACUUUAAUGCCUAUGUUUACUUGUGUUAACUGUUUUUUGUAUUGUCACUGUAGCAUAAAGACAAGGUUUGUACCUUGAAAGAAGUUGCUUUAUUACGUAAUUGUGGCAGCUGACAAAAAUUUGUGACUGGUAACAGUCUCCAAAAACUUUUCCAUAUUUUUGAAACAGGCAUGGUUCGUCAACAUGUAAUAUCUCAUUGAAUUGUUACAUGUUAUGCCAAAGCCAUUAAAACGUACACAUUCUGACUUGCUUGACCAAGGAAGGCAGUGUUGAUAAUUCACUUGUCAGCAUAUGAAUUGCUUCCGACAGAGAGAAAAAAAUAAUCAAGCCCUGUUGGGAAGGGUAUUUUACAUGGUGAAUCACUGACUACUUGGAGAUGAAAAGAUUAUUCUUCUGCAGUUGUAUAUGUGUCACUUCCUAACCUCAGGAAGUAAAUUUCAUUUUUUUUUUUUUUUUUUUUAAAUAAGUGUGUUUUAUAACCCGUGUCACUUCUCAUGUAUCACUGAGUGCAGCCUUUAUACCUUUCCAAAAUAUUUGGUUUAUUAUGUCAAGUUCAAUAAGAAGAAAAACACACAUUUUGGUUGCAGUUGGCAGGUACAUAAAUAGAGGCCACUGUCGUAUGGCUAUAAUGUGGACAAUUACCAGCUAGUCAAAAAGUUUAGAGCUUAUAUCAGUAACCAGAUUGACUGAAUGUAAUAAUCACACUUUGUCAUAACAGAAAAUAUCUUUAAAGAUUGUUGAGACACACUUGAAAUUUCUGCUAGUGUUUUUGUUCACAAUGUGAAGAUCCUAUACUUUAUUAUGCAUAACUUAAAUCUUUCAUUGUUGCAGAAUUUUCAGGUGAUACAUGUUUAUUCCUACAACAGAGGAUUGUAACUUGAUAUACACAGUGGUAAUAAGCUGAUAAAUUUUGGUAUUAUUGUAUCUUCAGUUAAAUAAUAUUUAAUGGUGAGAUGAUUGCUUGACGUAAAAUAUUCAGUAAAAUAGAGAUUCAUGCUUAAACCAUUACAGGGUAACAACUGAAUAAAUGCUGUAUAAUGUUCACUGUAGUUGCUGUGUAUGAUAUGAAGGAAACUUGUGGCCUGCAACAUAUUAGUUACACUUCUAUUUUGCUGAUUUACAGGGUGCUCUGAAUAAUGUGAUGAUGUAAUAGUCAGCAACACAGAGAGAAAGAUUUUGGCAAGAAGCAAUAUUUAUGGAGGGCAACUAACCCACUGACAUGGUCAGUUUCUGUAUAUUAUGAAAAAUGGGUGGGGGGAGUUAUUUAAAUUGAAUUCAUCUAAUUACCAGUGCAUUUGGAACCGACUAAGGAAAGGACUUGCCUCAGAAUUUAAUAAUUUACUCAGUUCAAUUUUAUCACCAUUUUUCUCAUCCAUCCCGCUUUUCCCUCCCUUUUUGUCUCUCUGUCUGUUUCCUUUCCACUAAGUUCCUAAUUGCAUUAUGCAUUCCACUUUUAAUUUCUCUUCCUCUUUAAGGCAGCUUUACUUUUCACUGUGUUCUUUCUAUCAUUUCUAAACUGAAGGUGGCACUGUGUUUCUCUUUGCCACCCCCCCCCCCCCCCCCCCCCCCCGCCUCUCUAUUUCUGAUGUCUUCUUCGUCUCCCUCAUUGUCAUGACUGUUGGGCUCUCUCAGUCUGGGGUCUUGAGUAUCCUGUGUCUCCUUUCCAUCACCCCACAACCAAUGCCUCCUUCCUCUUGAAGGAAUGAAUGUUGAAGUUUCAAGCUAGUAGUUGCCCCUAGUAUUUACAGUACUCAGAAUGUGCCCUCCUUACUUUCCAGCUCUUCGUAAGUAAAGGAAUGCAAUGAUGUAAAGGGCAUUUGAUUCUUUUUGUAAUAGAUUUUUAGUAAAUCUUGUAAAAAUGCUUUAACAAUUGUUGUUAAUUACUGUAAAAUUUUCUAUGUUUUUGUAUUAUGUCAUUGCUCUUAUUGCUUUUUCCUGACAAUUUGGCUCUGCUGUUGAAGUUUCCUUCCUGGUAUGGCUGUGACUGUCAGAUUAGGCCUGGGAGAAGAUUAGCAGUGGGCUUAAACACCAGUAGAAGACAAGGAGAAAAAUAAUGUUCAGACACGUAGAACAUUUUAUAAUAAUUGGCUGUGCAACAUAUUAGGUAGUUACUGUUAUCUUGUUAAAGACAGUAAUUUGGCUGCAUUGACUUCAGCCAAUUUAAAGACACCAUUGGUGGUGAUGACAGGUAUUACACAGUUGGCCUCCAUAACCAGCACAUUUUGUAACUAGUGAAAGUAAUACUCUACAGAACUAAUGACCCAACUCUUCACCUUUUUAACAUAAGGCCAAACAUUAAUUCUAUAAAAUAUUUUAUUUUAAUUACAGAGUUCCAUAUCACUGAUAUGUUUUUCAGAAGAUCUGUUCAGUACUAUGGGAAAUACAUGCUAUUCACAAAUUUUGCAAUUGGUUCAACUGCUCAAUUGACAGAAGUAUUGGAUAGUAACUAAAAGCAAGUUUUUUAUGUCCGCCCUUGAAACCACUUACAUGUUGUCAAUUUAAAGUAAACAUCAUUUUAAGUUUAUGUAAAAUUAUGGCUGGAGUGUGGAGCAAGUAAGAGGAAAAUCUGAAGCAUUUUUCUCACUUGUUCUGUAAUUUCACACUACUUUAUAUAGGUAAGUUUCAAGAAAUAAUGAAUUUGGGGUGUCAGGGGCCGACAAUGACAGAUAAAUGCUUUCAGAGUUUAGUUCAUUCUACCUUUCAUAGAUUUUGUUAGUACUGUAUUGAUACGACUAGUAAAGACUCAAAAUCAAAGAUCUGAAAUACCUACAGGAUUUUAUAUCUGCAUACAGAUUUGCCUUACUAACCAGGUGGAGAAUUGCAGAAUGUUUCAUGGUCGUGAUCAAAAGGAAACAAAUAUAUGUCAAAUUAUAUACAAAUUUGUUUUGUAUGCUGACUUUAUUCCCUACAUGAAAGGAAAGCCUGUAAUAUAGUAUGUAUUUAAGUUAGAACUAAUCCAACGUAUGCUGUAGAUGCUUCAUUUACGUAUACCCUCCAACAUUCAACGAAACUUGUAUUUUUUAAAUAUUUGCCUUUUUAGACUUUUGUAAUGUGUGUAUAUCAUUGUACCAAUGUUAAUAAGGGAACAUAACACCAAAGUUAAUAUAAAUUAUAAUCAAUGAAUAUUUUGGACAAUUGUAAUUGUGUAACUGAUGGAAUCUGCUUCCAAGUUCAGUAUUAUUCAUUGUAGAGGAAUGAUGGAAUGUGUUUUGUAUUAUGUAUUUUUAAUGUUGCCAUUAUUCUGGCAGCUGUCCUUUGUUUAUACAACUAACUGUAGCAUUUGGAUAUGUAUACUACUUCAGAGUUCAAGCUGUAAGUAUGUAAUAAACUAAUCUGAAGUUGAA